UCUUGAACUUUUCUUUAAAUUCUCAUAUGAGUUUUGCUUAUUUUCUCUUAGAAAUUUAAUUCUUGCCAAAAAUAGAUUUGAUUCUUUUUUAUUCUCAAAAGUUAGGUCUUUAUUAGAUUCUUAAGUUUAUGCUUGUAAAUGAUUCUUGAUUCUCUUUAUAUUAUAUGAUUCUAAUUUCUAAAUGCAAUGUCUUUGAUUAGACUUCAAUUACAAAAACCAAGAAAAAUACUCAAUCUUUGAAAAAAAUGGAAACUCUAUUCCCAUCUUUGUAUUACAUGUCAAAUUCUGAUUGGUUGAAUAGUAGUACAAGCUCAGAGUGGACAAGAGAGGAAAAUAAAAAGUUUGAGAGGGCUUUGGCAAUUUAUGAUGAUGAGCAGGAACCUGAAAGAUGGAGAAAAGUUGCAGCUUUGAUCCCUGGAAAAUCUAUUUAUGAUGUUUUGAAGCAUUAUAGAGAGCUUGAAGAUGAUGUUAGUGAUAUUGAAGCAGGAAAAAUACCAAUUCCUGGUUAUAAUAAUAAUAAUAAUUAUUAUUAUUCAUCUGAUUUUAUAUUUGAUUGGAGUGAAAAUAGAGAUUUUGAUGAGUGUAGAAAAAAGUCUUUAGGUGGUAAAAAUGGUGAUCAAGAAAGGAAAAAAGGAGUUCCAUGGACUGAAGAUGAACACAGGAGGUUUCUUUUGGGAUUACUAAAGCAUGGAAAAGGAGAUUGGAGAAAUAUCUCAAGAAAUUUUGUAAUCUCCAAGACUCCAACACAAGUGGCAAGCCAUGCACAAAAAUAUUUCAUAAGACAGCAAAUUUCUGGAGUUAAAGACAAGAGAAGACCAAGUAUUCAUGACAUUACUACUUUCAAUCUUUCUCAUACUAAAUUCUCCGAUCACAACAAACCCGGCUCACUAGAUCGCUCCGACGCCCUUUUGUGGCAGCGAAACUCGAGUUCUAUGCAGAAAAUGAUGGAUUGUUUGAACUACUCAAAGAAUGACUCGGUUAUGUUAUUUGAUUGUGCUGAUACCAACUUUCUUGAGCCGUCUUCAAAUCAAAUAGGUUCGGCUAAUAUGAUUUUGCAGAGAUAUCGGGUUCUCGGAUGAUAAAAUAUAGGUUGUUCUUGUUCUGUAAUUUGUUUCUGUUUGAAGAAUUGAUAUUGGCAAUUAAGUACUAGUUAUUGUUUCUGAACAUAACAGAAAGAUUGUCAAAUUAUAUUCAUCAAAAAAAAGAUUGUCAAAUUAUCAUUUGAUGAAAGUGAAAAAAAAAUUAUCAUA